UUGACGAGAUUCUACAUGGAGCGACUGGAGCAGGCGAUUGAGGAGGGUGUGGAGGGAGUCGGCUUCAUGUUAAUGGCCGAAGAUCACUUCACUGGGCCAGAGUAUCACAGCGUGACUGAGCUGGCGGAGAAGGGAAACCGAGCGGGCGCUUCCAAACUCCUCCUGGAUCUGGUGAUGGAGAAGGGCUCCGGGGCCCGGAGGGUGAUGUGGGAAUCCUUUGUGAAACUACACCACCAUUUACCGAAGCUGAGCAGAAUAUUGAAUGAAAUACGGGAACGUGGUGACGGCCAGUUUGCCUUCAUGGACACUGAGCGGGGUUUAUCUGAAGUGCCCGCGCAUCUGAAAGAUGUUCAGCAGAAACACAAGGAGACUCUGCGGGCAGAAACUGAAACACUGAGAGUCAACACGAUCCUGAUGAGGGAGAAGGUGAAGGUUUUCCAGCUGGUUGAUCGAUACGCUGAGCUCACGGUCAUUUCUACUGUUCGAGAUCGGAGACUGGUGGAACAUGAACUGCUGGCAAGAGGCAGAGACCACGAGGAGUGGAGAGAACAACAUCUCCGCGGAAAGCUGGAAAAAAUCCGGACUGAUCAAUUAUUUACGAGGAGUUUUCUGCAAAAAUUUAAAAGAUCUGUCUUUGGAAACAAAACAGGGAUGUCGGCAGUAGUGGCCGGAGUCCCGGGAAUCGGGAAAACAACAAUGGUUCAAAAGAUUGUUUAUGACUGGGCCACGGGAAAAAUAUACCAACAAUUCCAGUUUGUCUUCAGUUUCAAAUUGAGAGAUUUAAACUCCAUUAACUGCAGAAUAAACCUGAGGGAACUGAUUCUGGAUCAGUAUCCUUACUUUGGGAAUUCCCUGAGAGAGGUCUGGAAGAACCCAGAGGGAUUGCUGUUUAUAUUCGAUGGUUUGGAUGAAUUCAAGCACAACAUCGACUUUGCUGACGGUCGGAGAGAUAAAGAACCCAAGCACCAGUGCCCAGAUCCCGAGUGGUGGUGUGAAGUGUCGGACAUUGUGUACAGUUUAAUCCAGGGCAAGCUGCUCCCAGGGUGUUCAGUGCUGGUGACCACCCGUCCCACUGCGUUACAUUUAUUGGAAAAGGCUGACAUCAGUGUCCGGGCCGAAGUCCUGGGAUUUGUUGGUGAGGAACGGAAGGAAUAUUUCUUCAGGCAUUUUGAAGAUCAGAUGGUGGCAGAAGCUGUUUUCAAACACGUGAAGGAGAACGAGAUCCUGUACACCAUGAGCUACAACCCCUCCUACUGCUGGAUCCUCGCUCUGGCACUGGGCCCAUUCUUCACACAAAGAGUCAGGGACCCGCAGCGAGUUCCCAAGACCAUCACCCAACUGUACUGCUACUAUAUUUACAACAUCCUGAAAAACCACGGCCGUGAGAUUGAGAACCCCCGUGAGGUGUUACUCAGUGUUGGUCAGAUGGCCUUCAGAGGAGUGUCCGAGAAGAAGAUUGUGUUUACAGAUGGAGAUUUAAUCAACUACAAUCUGCAGCCUUCCCAAUUCCUGUCUGGGUUCCUGAUGGAGCUUUUGGAGAGAGAGGAUUCUGCCCGGUGUGUGGUGUACACAUUCCCACACCUCACCAUCCAAGAGUUUGUAGCUGCAGUCGCACAGUUCCUGAAUCCACAUCCCGGGGAUAUCCUGAAAUUCCUCACUGAAGCACACAACACGACAGAUGGGCGAUUUGGGGUAUUUCUCCGUUUCGUUGCUGGUCUCUCCUCUCCAAUUACAGCUCGUGGCCUGGAGGAGUUUCUGGGUCCAUUUCCUCAUCAAACAACCUGCCGGGUGAUUGACUGGGUGAAGGAGGAGGUUAAACGCCAGAUUGGAAUCACGAGGAGUGAAGUUGGUAAAAGGAGCCUCCUGAACACAUUGCACUACCUGUUUGAGUCUCAGAAUCGUGGACUGGCUCAGGCCGCACUGGGAUCUGUGAAAACACUUUCAUUGAGUGGAAUGACACUGACCCCGAUUGACUGCGCGGUCGUGUCUCAUGUCAUCGGACUCUGUGAUACAAUAAAACAGCUCGACCUGGAGAGCUGCCACAUUCAGUGUGAAGGAAUCCAGCGGCUGGGACCCGGACUGUACAAGUGCCAGAAGUUGAGACUUGGGGAGAAUGAACUGGGAGAUUCAGGAGUGAAACUGGUGUCUGCGGCUCUGAGGAACCUGGAGUGUAAAAUACAGACACUAGGUCUGGACAAAGUCGGUCUCACAGAUUCUGGUGCCGAGGAUCUCGUCUCCGCUCUCAGUUCAAACACAUCACUGACGGAGCUGAACCUGGGUUUUAAUAAACUGGGAGAUUCAGGAGUGAAACUGGUUUCUGCGGCUCUGAGGAACCCGGAGUGUAAAAUACAGAAACUGUGGCUGAUGAGUGUCGGUCUCAAAGACUCUGGUGCCGAGGAUCUCGUCUCUGCUCUCAGUACAAAACCAUCACUGACGGAGCUGAACCUGGGUUUUAAUGAACUGGGAGAUUCAGGAGUGAAACUGGUGUCUGCGGCUCUGAGGAACCCGGAGUGUAAAAUACAGAAACUGUGGCUGGACAGUGUCGGUCUCACAGAUUCUGGUGCCGAGGAUCUCGUCUCCGCUCUCAGUACAAACCCAUCACUGACGGAGCUGAUCCUGGGAUUAAACUCGCUGACAGACCGAUCUGUCCCCGCUCUCCGCCGCCUCAUACUGACCCUCCCGAGUCUGGAGCGGAUCCGGCUGGGGUACAAUCAGUUCAGUGAGACCGGGAAGAAGGAACUGAGAUCUCUGCAGGAACCCAGACCCGGACUGACAGUGACCUGGAACAUCUGAAUGUGUGAACAUCCCCGCCCGCGGGAUGGGGACAUUUUGGCCGAUUCCCUGCUCUCCCCUUUAACUCCCGCCCUUACCUUUAAUGGCCGCGAGCCGGCUUUAAUUCCCAACGUUUCUGACGGAGCUGACUCCCGUUCAGCGCUCUGUGACUUCGGAAGCGGUCCCCCAGUGAUGUAUUUCCGCCUGUUGUCCAACGGCGCAGCUUCCGCCGGAUGUGCGUGUUCGAGACUCCCCCACGUGAGAUCCCGGGGAAUUACACGGACAGAAAGAUCCCGGGGGCCGGGGCUCAGUCUGGGACACCGGUGUCCCGGGGUGGGAUUAUCCGGGGAGAGAAUCCUUUUGCUCCCUUUGCUGAGGACGGUGCAUUCGGCAGUCUGGCCGAUAUAAUGAUGUUAAAUUGACAAAUACCUCGGCAGUGACCCUGGAUCUGCAGCGAUCUGGGACACGGCCCUGAAGUGUGAUUUUAUAAUCAUCGGUUCCCCGAUGCAGAGUGACGGUGAGAAACGGGACUGAUUAUUCAACCGUUCACCGUUGUCGCCGGUCAGUUAAUUGUGUGUGACUGUGAGUGAGUCGGAAGCAGUUUAUUUAUUCCCGCACGUCAGCAGCUCACACAUUGUUUAAUUUACAUUUGUCAUGAUGAAAUCAAUAAACCGCUGUAACUUCCUGUCUUGGUGUCGGACUCGAGUCUCAUUAGAGGAGAAACAGUGACGUGGGGUUACUGCUGCCCCCCGCACCCGGUGUACUGCAAUAAUGGGUCUGAGCUCCUCACACUGGUACAGCAGCCUCUCAGCUCCAAGCUCAGGGAUGUCAGUAAAAUAGUGUCUGGUCCCCAGGAUCUCUUCACUCUCCAUCCCCAUCUAGGCUGACCACUGCUUCCUCAUACCCCAGAUACUUACACUACCCUGACCUCCACCUCCCUGCGCACUCGCCUUGCUCUCGCAGAAAAACAAACGACAAAGGAGAUCCGAAAAUGCA